AUGGCCGCGUCUCCCGCCGUCAACUCAGACAAAGCCUGGGUCACGCUCAUCACCAACGAGGCCUAUCUCCCCGGCCUCUUAACCCUCAACCACUCCCUCCGCGCCGUCCGAUCCGCAUAUCCCCUCGUUGCUCUCUACACGUCCUCCGUUCCCUCCUCGUGUCUGGCCGCCCUUUCCCAUCGCGGGAUCCCAAGCCUGCCCGUCCACUACAUCGCGCCCAAAUCCGGCAAAAAGUACCUCGAGGAUGCGCGCUUCAACGACUGCUGGACAAAACUCGUCGCCUUCUCUCUCACGCAGUUCUCGCGCGUAGUCCAGCUCGACUCGGACAUGCUCCCUCUCAGAAACAUGGACGAGCUGAUGGACCUGGCCCUCGACCCCGUCUCCCUGAGCGAGUCCGGCUCCGAGUCAAGCAAGCGCGUAUUCGCAUCCGGCCACGCCUGUGUCUGCAAUCCGCUCAAAAAGCCUCACUACCCAUCUACUUGGAUCCGCGACAACUGCGCCUUCACACAUCAGCAUGCCAAUCCCGACCAGGCCCAGGUGGAAGGCGCAGACCCGGCGCGGAGCUUGGGGGACCUGAAUAGCGGGCUGUUGGUUAUAAAUCCAUCCGCGAAAUUAUUCCAACAGAUUUUGCAGCACAUGGAUGCCCAUGGGGAAACGUAUACUUUCCCGGACCAGGACCUGCUGGCGGAUUUGUAUAGGGGUCGGUGGGUUCCACUGCCGUACGUAUACAAUGCGCUCAAGACAAUGAGGAGCCCGGAUGUACACGGUGCGAUCUGGAGGGAUGCCGAGGUCAAGAAUGUGCAUUAUAUCCUAAGUCCCAAGCCCUGGAAGGAGCUGGACGAGCAGGGGCAAUGGAAGGGCGGAAGUGAGAUUGACGGCUGGUGGGUCGAUGCUAAUAGGAGGAGACUGCAGGAGGAGCAGGAGGAGGGGAUAUCGGACUGA